AUGGGUAUAUAUUACCAUGUUUUGCUGACUUUGGUGGCGAAUCCCUAUUCAUACACAGACAAAGCCUCUGACUUUGUCCAGGAAGCCAGCACACUGCAGGCCACUGGGACGAAGCAGGAUGCUGACGAUGUCAGCAUUCCUGUCUCUCACAUCGACGAUGUUCUCGACAUGGUGGACGUCCUGGUGGAGGGCAGCGAAGGCUUGGAUGAGGAAAUUGGAUUCUUACUGAACGAUGACAUGAUCCUGCUCACAUUCCCAUUCAGCGCGGUGGUCCCCGCCGCCCUGGAAGCCAGGAAUAAGUUGCUCCUUGGGACAGAAAGUGAAACAGGAGAGAGCGUCGUGGCGUAUCUGACGGCAGUGCUGACAGACCUGCUCCACACGCAGAGGGACCCUCUGGCUCUGUGUCUGCUGCUUCAGGCUUACGACACGUUGGAGCCUCCGGCCCCGCCUUGCUGCCAUCAGCUGUCCCGGUUCCGCGGAUACUACAGCCGCUGGAUCCCAGAGCCAGCCCGAGAGGCCUCGCCCCUUCAGACGCCAGGCAGCCUUGCGCCCCAGGGUCCUCCAGCCUCCUCCUUCGCCGCCCUGCUGCAGACGGCCUACGAGAGCGAGGGCGCGCUCCUGGACGGGCAGGUUCAGGCGCGGCUGCGGGCUGCCCUCCCGCACGUCCCGAUGCACCAGCUGCUGCGCUCGGCCACACACCUGCUGCUGUACCUCAGGAGCACCGUGCAGAGCUUCGGCCAGCUGGGCCGAAGUGCAGGGCCUGCCCUCCUGCAGCUCCUCCUGGACCUCCUCAGGCGCCUGGUCGUCCACUGUGUGCAGCUGGAUGCACAGAACCAGCAGAAAUGCGAGGCCGCCCAGGCCGAAUCCGACCUCUUUUUGGACAUGGAGUCCAUGGCCUCACUGGAGCUGGCCAAUGACAAGACACUGGAGGAGGUGCUCGUGGCCAUCCUCCGACACCCCACACUGGAGGGCUGGUACCUGGCCCUGGAGCAACAGGCCCUCCCUCCGCACACCCUCAGCCCCGUCCUUGUGAAACUCCUGGCAGCCCACCUCAGUGCAGGGGUCCUGCAGCUGCUAAUGGCUAGCGCCCCGGUCCUCCAGAGCACUGGUCAGCGGGGUCUCCUGGCCAAGUACUUGGAGGCCAUCACUCAGAGCGUGUUGAAGGAGUUGCAAAACAGGAGGACAGGCUCGGCCGCAUCACCACCAAAGACCCUCCCGCAACUGGAGGCCCUGCAGGGACUGCAUCCCUACAUGGAGGGCGCCCAGCUCCGAGAGGUCACCCUGGCCCUGCUGAGCCUGCCUGAGGCCCAGCUGGUGACCCAGUGGCCCACGAAGUCUCCUGGGAAGGAGAGACACCUGAAUGCUUUCGGCAAGGCCCUGGUCCAGCUGUUGAUUAGCAGCCCCCAGGACCAGCUGCAGAGCAGUGAGCUCCUUUGGGCCUCCGAGUUUGUGAAAAGCCUGGGGGCUUUGCUCCCCACAUUGGCCGUGGACGAGCUGGACGCUGUAUUACUCCACACUCUGCAGAGAGAGCCCGCUCUGGCCCCCGUGGUUGGGGUGGACCUGCUCGACUACUGCCUGGCCCGGCAGACGCAGGCAGCCCUCGGCAUCGCCGCCCUGCUCCUGCAGCUGAGCUGCACCCACCUCCUGCGGUUCGAGCUGUGGUGCGGGCAGCCCGGCACGGGGCUCUGCCUCCAGGAGCGCCUGGAUGACUUGCUCCCUCUCCUCCACGCGUAUCUCCAGGCCAGGACACAGGGCCACUGUGCACGCCCAGUGGGAGUGUCCUCUGCUGUCAUUCCCGUCUUGAGGAAGGCCCUGUGGAAACGGCUGCAGACCAGGCUUCUCAGCACAGAUGGGCCCCCAGCAUCCGGGCUGCAUCAGGAGGUCCUGGCCCAGCUGGUUCCGUUUGCAAAAGCCAAGGACCUUGCUGUCCUCAUGGACCAUUUGCCCAGCUUGCUUCAGACUCCGGGCAGGCGCGAGAGUUGGAGCGUGGCCGACUCUGUGUCUGCAGUGCUGGAAGGGUCGGCCGGAGAGCUGCGUACCUGGAGGAGGACUCUGUUGGAGUCCUGUGUGAAAUGGCUGAUCGUAUCUUUCCAUGGUGGCCAGCAAGACCACGACAGUACCCGGGAUCAGGAGAGGCAGAUGCUGCUGAGAUUUAGUGAGCUGCUGAAUUCCCUUAAUGAAGUUGAUCCUGGUGAUUGGCAGAAGUUUGUGAAGACUGGACUCAAAUUUCGGUAUCAGGACCACGCAUUUUUAAAGGCCCUCCAUGCUGCCAUACAGUGCCUGUAUCUUCCUGAAAACUCCAUGUGCACGAAGCUCAUCCAGCUCCCAGUGGUCCACAUGAUGCUCACGCAGCAUUCUCUCUUUUUGCCAACUCUACUAAAGUCUGAAGAAGAGGAAAACCUGGACAAUCAAGUAAAAGAAGCGCUAGUGGAUCUGAUGUCGGUGGUGGUGAAGAUGUGUCCAUCUGUCUGUGAAAGCAGCCACUUUGCCGUGCUCCUUGGGGCCUAUGGUGCCACUCUCAGCGUCCUGGGUAAGGGUGUGGGGGCUGGGUGGUAUGGCCAGGGGGUGUGA